CUGGUAUUGCUAAUAUGAAUAUUGGCUUUGUACCACAUUUUUUUCUGGGUCAUAACCAGUUAAAGGUGGAUAUAUAUUUUACCUAUUCUUAUUGAUAAACAAAUUUAGUGCAUACAGUUAAAACGAAAGUAGAAAAGGGAAGAGAUCGAGAAUGACACUAAAAUGGAUGUGAGCAUUCGAAGCAAAAGCCAAAGCCUGUUUGUGGCGGCCAUAGAUUUCGGGACGACGUACUCUGGUUACGCAUUUUCUCUCACACAAGACUGGAAGAAGCCUUACACGUACCAUUGGCAGGGAGGGGGACUGGUGUCCCACAAGGCCCCCACGGCUCUACUACUUGACUCGAGUCAGAACUUUGUGGCCUUUGGUUACGAUGCAGAAGACCAAUAUUCUCAAUUAACGGCCAAGAAACAACAGGACCAGUAUUACUUCUUCCUACGGUUUAAGAUGAUUCUUCACAAAGAUCCAGGAGUGAAUAAGAAUAUUCUUUGCGAGGAUGAAUCAGGAAAAUCACUACCAGCCAUUAAGGUGUUUAAUCAUUGUAUACGUUAUCUGAAGGAUCAUUUAUAUAAAGAAAUUAAGAAAAGUGUCCCCGGAACAGAAGAGGACGCCAUAGAGUAUGUUCUGACGGUACCUGCCAUUUGGGGUGAUCGUGCCAAACGCUUCAUGAGAGAAGCAGCUACAAAGGCAGGGAUAGAAAAGAGACUUAUAAUUGCACUGGAGCCUGAAGCAGCAUCUAUUUACUGCCAACAUCUCACAAACGACGAGGAACAAUUAUCUGCCACUCUGGGUGUACUGAACUCUGGACAAAAGUAUAUGGUGGCAGAUCUAGGGGGAGGUACUGCUGAUAUUACUGUACAUAAGAAAUGUGAGGACCACACUUUAGAAGAAAUAAGUCCAGCAAGUGGGGGGCCAUGGGGAGGAAAAUCAGUCGACGAUCGUUUCAUUCGCUUCUUAGAAGACAUAAGCGGGGACGGAACAAUGUCAAAAUACAAAAAACAAAGUUUGGAGGAUUACUUAGAUGUUUUACGAACAUUCGAAGUAACAAAACGUAGCGUUUCGCCCGAAAAGACGGGGAAGAUCCAAGUAAGAAUACCCCUGUCUUUUGUUGAAUUCUGCAAAGAAAGCAGAAAAGUUAAGGACUUUCCUUCUGCUAUAGAACGUUCACCUCACAAAGACAACGUGAAAUAUGUUACGGGAAAAUUGAAGUGGGAUGUCAACUUUUUUAAAAAGACAUUUUUCCAAAAAACUAUUGAAAGCAUAGUAAAGCAUGUUGACGAAUUAUUUGAAGAAGAAAAUGUGAGAGAUGUUCGUAAUAUUUUAAUGGUUGGUGGUUUUUCCGAGUGUAAACUUGUUCAAAAGGCAAUUAUGGACAACUUUCCAAACAAGAAAGUUAUUGUACCGACCGAAGCAGGGCUUGCCGUUGUCAAGGGAGCCGUGUACUUCGGUCACGUGCCAGAUGCUAUUUCUCGAAGAGUGGCAAGGUUUACAUAUGGCAUUCAAACAUGGCCAGAAUUUAAACCGACCAUUCAUCCACAAUCGAAGAAAUUCGAGGUCAGCGGAAUGAAUCGGUGUAAGGAUGUCUUUUUUCCCUUCGUUCAGAAGGGACAGCAGAUCCCUCUCGGGUUUUCUAAGUCUCAGAUAUUUCGUCCUCUCCAUGAUGACGACACCAGACUUGAAUGUGCUGUAUAUAUUUCAAGUGAGAAAGAUCCAAAAUUCGUCGAUGACCCUGGGUGUGAACUGUUGGGCACACUUCAGGUACCUGUUUCCAGAAAAACCCCGGAAUCUCCCCGCUCUGAGGUUGAGGAGACACUCUUUUUUGGAGAGACAGAGUUGAGGGUGACCGCUCGUGAUAUAAUGACAAACCAAUCUAAAGACGUGACUUUUGAUAUAUUUUGAUAAACUCAAAUGGGAUAUGUACAAGUAUUUAUUAUUUAUUCAUUAUCCUUUUAUUUCUAUAAAUUUUCCUAAGUCUUCUAUUUCACUAAAGAUUCUUGACAAUGAUCACUUUGGCAGAGUUGAAAAUACUGAAUAGUAAAUCUUAUAUACUAGUAUUUGAAUAAAUGUUACAACUGUAACUGUAG